AUGUGCAACUUACAGGAUCAUGGCGACCCGUCAUCAAACGAGUCAGCGAGCGAUUAUGAGGAAGGGCACGAGGUCACAUCUGACCAGAACGUGGACUCUUUAGUUACCGACUUCAUCCACGCUCAUGAGCGCCCUACCACCAGUGCCUCGAGAUCGGCAGCUUCGGCCGCGAAGCUGCCUCAUCCUGUGGUCAUUCCUCAACGCCGACCGGGGAACAAGCAGCGGGGUUUCGUCAAGGCGUACGCGCCGGCACUGGGACAGUAUGGUAUCGACCAAGAUACCUUCCUGGAAUUCAUUCGUGCCAUGAACAAGGCCGUCCAACAGAACGCAUGGCUCGCAGCCAUUCAAUUAGCCGCCGUGGGCGCUUCGUUUGUCCCGAAUGGCAUUGCUACCGGCGUCUCUUUGGCCGUCCAGUUUGUCGCGAGUGCGAUUGCACAGGCCGAGGCCAAAUGGAGGACCAAUUCUUUCUUGGACCGGAUGAACAGAGAAUUCUUCCGUCCUCGGGGGCUGUUCUGUCUGCUCAUGUCGUACAAUCCAAUCGCAAUGGGGACGCAGAGCGCAAGGGAAGAUCCCGAUGCCCUAUCCAAGGCGCUCUUGUCUUCGUCCCCCACCUCCAAGCAGAAACUGACCGCCCGGGCAAAGAAGAACCUUCGGAAUCCAAUAGCCGCUACCGCGGAAGGAGAGGAGAACCUGCCCACUAGCACGGCCCCAUUGAUAUACCCGGAGACCAUUGGUGUCGAGAAGCCUCGUUCGCCGGGUGAGCCAGAGCAGAAGCAAAAGCUUGGUGAUCGGCUGAAUCAGUACUUUGACAAGCGAGCCCAGGCGCGAUAUGCCAAAGAAAGUAAUAGAGACAUUCUCUCGAACCCGCAGCCGGUCCAAUUCAAGAACAAGUACCUUGAUCCGAACUCUGCCGUGAGCAACGGCGGUCUCCUGGGUCUGGUAUCGGGAGGACGCCUCACCCGCGAUCCCGACAAGAUCAAACAGAGCACGCAAGCCGCCAUGGCGUCCCAGGAGCAAGCCAUUCGAGAGCAACAGUCCGCCAUGAUGGCAACCAUGCAACAGCAACUACAAGCCAUGAACCUCCCACCCGAGCAACAGCAAGAGUACCUGAAGCAGUACCAGGAUCUGUAUAGCCUUCAGCUGCAGCAGAUCCAGCAGCAGUCAGACCUGGUCGAAAAGGGGCAAUGGCAGCGCCGUAUUGUGCGGGACAUUCUGUAUUUGAUGAUUGUCGACAUGCCGUCUGAUGCAGAAAUGGCGGCCGCCCGGAGGCAGCUGAACAGCGCGGGCCAGGCGGAGCCAACAGAGGAUGUGAAGUUCACGACCGUGGACGUAUAG